AUAGAGCCUCCCUAUUUUUCAGAUUCCUAAAUGAUUUAGCGCCUCCUCUCCGUCCCUGCUGAAGCCAAUGCCACAGCUGCUGUUGGAUUGAAAUGCUGCUGAAUCCACAGUCAACCAAGAAGCUUCAGAUUUUGGGAGCAGGAGACGGGAUCUGCAAACGUCUUAAAGACUUCAGACACUGAAUCCCCCCCCCCCCUCCUCCUCUCCCCUCCUACCCCACCUUUCUCCAUCCUUUCAGCUUUACAUAGAGAUGCUGAGAGCUGGGGAAAUGCAGUAGAAUAGGACACAGGCAGAGCCAGCAGUCACCAGGGCUGAUGGAGAGGUUUGAUGGUGCAGCAAAGGCAGAAGCCCUGUUCGCCCUGGGCUCUGUAGGGAUGACUCCACCUUGGUGACCCCUCCAAUUAUUGACUUGGUUCAUCUCCGAAUCUAUGUGGGAUAUUAUUACAGGUGCUUGGAAGACUCCAGGAUUUUUUGUAUGAUUUUAAAUGCAUUGCUGGAGGUGGCCAUAACCCUCUGCAGGAACAAGACUCUUCUUUGCAACUCCAGCCUGGGCAUUGAUGCGUUCACCACCAUCAUCCAGGCGACAUGCUGCUGUGACUAGCCUGCUGGAGUAAUUUUUUAUUUGCCUUUUUUUUCUUUCCCCAUUAACCUUAAGGAGUGGAUGAAAUAAAAGGGAAUCCUUGCAACCCUUGAAAUCAAUCUUCCCACUAGAUGAUUUUUUUAUGGUCGUUCCAUGUGACUUACAAAACUGAUAGAAUCAUACAGAGUGAUGGACGAGAAGGCAUUCCCAUAGACAAGGAGGAUCGAAAUCUUGUCAAAUGGGUCCUCUGAGAGUACAUUGUGCCUGGGAUUCCGUCAGCCAAAGAAGAAGGCAGAAACAGGCCAGUUGAUGUAUGUAUGGAAGACCAACAUCCCACAAACAUGGAUAUUGAUCAAAUGGGACUAUGGGAUCAAAUAGUAACGAGAGGAAAGCUCCAGUGAGGCAUUUCCAAGAAAGAUCUCAAGAGAAAUCAAAGUGGAACCGCAACCGCUCAAUAAAGCAGAGGCCCCUAUACUGAACUCCUAGGAGGCCGGAAGAAGUGCACUACACUGCGCGAAACUGCCAGCAGUCGCCUCUGAGGGCCCCAUGCCAGCCUUGACGUCCCGUCCGUCGGAGGUCCAGAAGAAAAGCCGUAUGACCUGUAUUGCUGCGGAGCUCAUGCGUAAACAAUUGAGAACUUCACCGGAUACAGUCAUAGUCACUUAAUCCCACAAGGCUAAUUAUUCUGAAUGGAAUAGAUUUGGAGAGAGAACUUGAAACAAAAAAAUCAAUGUAAUUGAAAAUGCAGCGCUGGGUUUCUAAUAGCGGCCGAGGCAAGAGAUAAAAAAAGAAGAAGAUAGUGCAUACACAGAAUACUGGAACUCCAUAAGGACCAAACACGCACAAAGUAUGAAUGUUGAACAAGAUGACAUUACAUCCACAGCAGAUGAUGAUAGGUCCUAGGUUCAACAGGGCCUUAUUUGACCCCCUUUUUAUUGUGCUGUUGGCUCUUCAGCUUCUGGUGGUGGCCGGCUUGGUUAGGGCUCAGACCUGCCCUUCUGUAUGCUCCUGCAGUAACCAGUUCAGCAAAGUCAUUUGCACACGGAGGAAUCUGCGCGAGGUCCCAGAUGGUAUAUCCACCAACACAAGGCAGCUGAACCUUCAUGAAAACCAGAUCCAAAUAAUCAAAGUGGACAGUUUUAAACACUUGAGACACUUAGAGGUUUUACAGUUGAGUAGGAAUCACAUUAGGACAAUUGAAAUUGGGGCCUUCAAUGGCUUGGCAAACCUAAACACGUUGGAACUGUUCGACAAUCGUCUGACCACCAUUCCCAAUGGAGCUUUUGAAUAUUUGUCAAAACUGAAAGAACUUUGGCUGAGGAACAAUCCUAUAGAAAGUAUCCCAUCGUAUGCUUUUAAUCGCAUCCCUUCUCUACGUAGGUUGGAUUUGGGGGAAAUGAAAAGAUUAUCCUAUAUUUCAGAAGGAGCUUUUGAAGGGCUUUCAAACCUUAAGUAUUUGAACCUUGGGAUGUGCAACCUACGAGAAAUCCCCAAUCUCACCCCCCUUGUGAAACUAGACGAGCUUGAUCUUUCUGGGAAUCACCUUUCAGUUCUCAGACCUGGAUCUUUCCAAGGGUUAACCCAUUUGCAAAAACUUUGGAUUAUGCAUUCCCAAAUCCAGAUUAUUGAGAGGAAUGCAUUCGAUGACCUACAGUCUCUUGUGGAGCUUAAUUUGGCACAUAAUAACCUAACUCUACUGCCUCAUGACCUUUUCACACCUCUCCAUAACUUGCAAAGGAUUCAGUUGCACCACAAUCCUUGGAACUGCAACUGCGACAUACUUUGGCUUAGUUGGUGGUUAAAGGAAAUAGUCACGACCGGCAGUACAUGUUGUGCUCGCUGCGCUACUCCCCCCAGUUUGAAAGGUACUCACAUUGCAGAGUUGGACCAGAAUUAUUUUACUUGUUAUGCCCCUGUGAUUGUGGAGCCACCUGCUGAUCUGAAUGUCACAGAAGGGAUGGCUGCCGAACUCAAAUGCCGGGCAGCUACUUCGUUGACUUACGUUAGUUGGAUUACUCCAAAUGGAUCUAUCAUGACCCAUGGGGCUUACAAAGUGCGUAUUUCUGUGCUCAAUGAUGGCACGUUAAAUUUUACAAAUGUAACGGCGCGGGAUACUGGAUUGUAUACAUGCAUAGUGAGUAAUUCAGCAGGGAACACCACUGCCUCGGCGAUACUGAAUGUGACUGCGACCGAUACUGGUUACACAUACUUUUCCACUGUCACUGUAGAGACUAUGGAACCAUCUCAGGAUGAGGCGAGGACCACUGAACAUCACGUGGGUCCUACACCGGUCAUCGACUGGGAGACCACAAAUGCAACCACCUCGCUUAUGCCACAGAGCACAAGGUCCACAGAAAAGCCCUAUACCAUCCCGAUCACGGAUGCAAACAGUGGAAUGCCAGGGAUCGACGAGGUUAUGAAGACCACCAAAAUUAUUAUUGGCUGCUUUGUGGCCAUCACCCUUAUGGCAGCUGUUAUGUUGGUUAUUUUCUACAAGAUGAGGAAGCAGCACCAUAGGAAGAACCAUCACGCUCCAACGCGGACUGUUGAGAUUAUAAAUGUGGAUGACGAACUCACAGCAGAUACGCCUAUCGAGAGUCACCUGCCUAUGCCCGCAAUAGAACAUGAGCAUUUAAACCACUAUAACUCUUAUAAGUCUCCUUUUAACCACACGACGACAGUGAACACAAUAAAUUCGAUACACAGUUCUGUGCAUGAACCUUUAUUGAUUCGCGCAAGCUCUAAAGACAAUGUACAGGAGACUCAGAUUUAAAGCAUUGUACCAUGCGGGAGGCUAUGAGCAAAAAAACAGACAAUUUAUAUAAAAAAAGGAACGGAAAAGACUGGGCUAAAUCUACUGUUUCCAAUUAAAAAAAAAGUGUCUUUACAUAAAAAAAAGAAAUAAAAAAAAAAAAAAAAAAAAGAAAGAAAUUUAUUUAUUAAAAAUUCUAUUGUGAUCUAAAACUAUCGAAAUCCUGUGUAUUCCUCCAGAUUUGUUGGCUAUGCUUGGUUUAACCCAAGCUCUCAUAUUUUUUUUAUAGGAAUUUCCAACCUAAAUUCCACCAGGACAACUUAAUUGUAGAGAGGUUUUUUUUUUUCUUUGUAUCAAAUCUGUUCAAGGUUUUUUUUUUUUUUUUAAACCGUGUACUAUAAGCUUGAAUUGGUUUAUUGGGUUUUGUUUCUUAAAUCCUUAACGCAGGGGGAAUUCUUUACAAGAAUUUACCUGUCUGACACGGGAAACGGUUUCUAAGUGGUCUACUAGGGAACGCCGAUUGAGAAGAAGAAAAAACAGAGAGUAAAUAUUUUUAUUUUACUUGUUAUAACCUAUUCCAUAUUUUGCAAAAAAAAAAAAUUAUAUUCUUUAAGAAAAUAUAAGGGACACAAAUUACAUGUAAGAAUCCAUGAUCAUUUACCCAGCUCUGGAAUGAGCCAAAUUUGUAGCUCCGAACACUUAAAGAAGGUUAUAAAUAAAAUGAGAAAUGUUUUCUAUACUCGG